AUGAAGGCUCAAGCUCGAGCUACCUUGUCGCGGAAGCCGGUUACGACGGACCAGCCGACUUCACCAAAUUCCCCAGUGGAUAUACUUCCUCCGCCCAUUUCGCACGAUGAGAGAGCCAUGUCUCACGUCUUUACCUAUUAUGUGGGGACCGUCCAGGACCAAGGCUCCCUGUGGUACUUGCCGAAGCUACUGACAACGAACCCUUCUUCUGCGCUCCAAGCCACAAUCAAAGCUGUGGGGCUGGCAAGUAUGGCGAGAGUGCAGAAAUUGCCUAAAUUACGGCGCGCGGCGGGCGAAGAAUAUAGCCUAGCGUUGCGUGCUACCAACGAAGCGCUAAGAGACGAAGUGUUAGCGAAGUCCGAUUCUACUCUGGGGGCCGUGAUAUUGCUUGGUACAUACGAGAUGAUCACAUCGGAAGCCAAAUCCUCGGAAACUAUGCGUUCCUGGAUGAAUCAUGUCCAAGGCGCAACAAGCCUGCUGGAGCUACGAGGCGAAGAGCAAUUAGAUUCAGAGUCCGGGCAAUAA